CGAUGUCGGCCGAGCAGGAUCCCGCCCGCCGGCGGAGGCACACGCAGGACAAUUUCGACUUCCCCAAAGAGAUGGGGUGCAAGGCCGACCCGCACCGGAGGGGCUCCCUCUGUGACGGGCACUGUGCCGCCCUCGGCGCCCACGGCGACCUGGGGGACAUGCAUUCGGGGUCCCACCACCACGGGCACGGCUUCCUCACGCCCAGGAUAGCGCCAGUGCUCUCCGGUCCCUCUUGCUGCCCUCAUCACUCGGAGGAGGCCCAGGCCUGCGACAGCUGCCUGAUGAAGACGACCAUCACGGCGGAGAACGAGGUGGAAGCCCACAAGCUCUCCAACAAUUACAAGUUCGGCUUCAAGAAAUGGAAGAGCCACGUGACCGCCAGGCCCUGGGAAGACCGCUCUGAGAUUGUGAAGGAACUCUACUCGGACCUGAACAUCAUCAGAAGCUCCAAAGGCUCCAUGGUGACGUGCGGGAACCUCGUCUACCUGCUCUUCUUCGGGUGGUGGCUCAGCGCGCUCUACGCUCUGGUCUCGGCGCUGAUGUUCCUCACGGUCCUGGGGGCACCAUACGGAAAGCUGUGCUGGAAACUUGCCGCGUACUUCCUGUGGCCCUUUGGAAAGGUAAUUCAGAAGAUGAAGGACCACAGCCCGAACUGCAGCCUGAAGUUCAACAGGUACAACGUCAUAGCCGAAGUGAACGAGGCCAAGGAGACGACUCCGCUCCUCGCGUGGCAAGAGCCGGCCGGUGCCUGCGGCGCUUCCCGCUGGCGGUACUGCAGCGCCUACGUCUGGCUCGCCUUGGGCUACCCCGUCCUCUGCCUGGCCCACGGCCUGAUCUGCCUCGUCUGCUGGCUCCUCGUCUUCCUCAUCCCCAUCUGCAAACUGAACGCCCGCAUGGUCACCAAGGUCCUGCUGCUGCCCCCGGAGCGUGUCCACGUGCAGCGCCUGCGAAAGACGGAGGUGCCCCUCGAUGCGGAAGUCGUGCUCUGCUGCUACCAGGCCGUCAAUGCUUAUUAUUACAAGUACGCUGUGGACGGGAUCAACGUAUUUGCCGUCAACCUGCUUCCCCUGGUCCUCGUAACGCUCAUUCUGGGCUACACAGACAAGCGUAACUAUUACACCAGCUCCGUGACGAAGUUCACCUUGGCCCUGCUGUCAAUCGUUCCCCUCUCGUACUACAUCGGCAUGGCGAUUGCCAGUAUCUCGGCGCAGAGCAAUUUUGCAGUGGGAGCGGUGGUGAACGCCACCUUCGGCUCCAUCACGGAGCUCACCUUCUACAUCUCGGCGCUCAUCAAGGGGGCCCGCGAGAAGAACAAGUGCUACGAGGAGAUCGUCAAGUCUGCGCUGACGGGGACGCUCCUGGGCUGCAUCCUUUUUGUUCCGGGCUUGUGCAUGGUGAUCGGAGGCAUCCGCCACCAGGAGCAGCGGUUCAACAGCAGAUCCGCCGGGGUUAGCUCUGCUCUCCUGUUCCUGUCUGUGGGAGGGGUCUUCGCACCGACACUGUUCUCCAAAGUCUAUGGGAGGCUGAUCUGUGGCGAAUGUCAGAACCUCACCCAAGAGCUAUCCAGCCAUUACGUAUGCCAAAGCUGCCGCUUCGACUUGAUGGAGAACAACGGAACCCUCUACUACAGCCAUGUGGAGCCCCUGGUGUACACGGUCUCGCUUCUGCUGCCCGUGGCAUAUCUCAUCGGGCUCAUCUUCACCCUGAAGACGCAUUCCCACAUCUACGACAUCCACAUCAGCGACUGCCACAUGCCCGGCCACCACCACAGCGCGGUGGUGCACUGGUCGCGCUGGAGGGCCAUGCUCAUCCUGCUGGUGGCCACCCUCGGCAUGUCCGCCUGCGCCGACCUGGCCACGGAGCACAUCAGCCCCAUCCUGAAGCACUCGCCCGUCUCGCAGUAUUUCAUAGGCGUGACGGUGCUCGCCAUGGUGCCUGAAAUCCCCGAAAUCGUCAACGGCAUCCAGUUUGCCCUGCAGAACAACCUCAGCUUAAGCAUCGAGAUCGGCAACUGCAUCGCGGUCCAGGUGUGCAUGCUGCAGAUCCCCAUCCUCGUGCUCUUCACCAUCUUCUACCCUACAGAUUUCAUCCUGGUCUUCAGCGACCUCCACGUCUACGCCAGCAUGUUCAGCGUGGUGCUCAUCAAUUACAUCUUCAUGGAUGGCAAAUGCGAUUACUUCCAAGGCACGGUGCUGGUGAUGGUCUACGCCAUCCUGCUCGCUGUCUACUACUUCUCCCCCUCUCCGGCGGGCUGCUGAAGGAUCGCCCUGUGGGGCACCCCAUUCCUGCCUGUUCGGGAGGCCGGUGCUUUCCACCAAUUCCUGGGGACACAGGCCUGCCUUCUCCAAAGUCCAGAAAAGCCACCGACUCCCAUCAAGCGAGAGACGCUCCUGCGGACUUCUUCCAACUCUGUUCCCACAACACGUCAACGUUUUAAAAAAAGAUGCUGGCGCAGGAGUCGCACAUGGUGCUGGCGAAGCCCUAUGGACCCGAGAAGGAACUUGGGGGCAGAAAGGAGGCUGCUUCCCCGCUGCAGAAAACGGUUCCUGAGGACCAGAGAACUCCUGUGGUAUUUUUAGGCUCUGUCGUGUCUGUUUCGUCCGUCACGAUAGCUACCUCAUGUCCUCGUGGUGGCCCUGCGCGGCAGAAACGCCUCCAAGCAACGCGGCCACCACUCUGUAGACGGAGCACAAUAAAAAGAAGUCUGUUUUGA